AUGAAGUAUCUGAUUCUUCUAAUUGCUCUUUUCGGAAUCAUCGAUGCUAUGCGUGAUCAAUCAAUCGCUGUUAAAGGAAGAUUGGUUUGCGGAGCAAAACCAGCAGCAAAUGUUCGUAUAAAGUUGUGGGAAGAAGAUUCAGGACCAGAUCCAGAUGAUCUCCUCGAAGCUGGUUAUACUGAUGCCAAUGGAGAAUUCCAACUUUCUGGUGGAGAAGCUGAAUUGACUCCAAUUGAUCCAAUCUUCAAAGUUUAUCAUGAUUGUGAUGAUGGUUUCAAGCCAGGAUACAGAAAGGUCAAAUUUUUGAUCCCAAAAUCAUACAUCACUCAAGGAAAAGUUCCAAAGAAGACUUUCGAUCUCGGAGUUCUCAACCUCGAAACAAUUUUCCCAAAAGAAGAACGAGAAUUGUUGGUUUCACGAAGAAGACGUCAUCAAGAACUUCUAGAGUUCUUCGAGGAAGAUUACUAA